UUAGUGGACUUGUUUCCGUGUGGGCAACAGAGAUGCAUUUAAAAGGCGAAUGUUUUUUCCUAAGCUGACCCGUGUAGAAAAGUUGUUGUUUUUUUUUUCUUUGGGAACUCCAGUGAGUGAGCCGCGCGAGCACAGCGCGCAGACCUGACAGCGCGCCGAUUUCACUCUGCACAUGUCUCGAGUUCGUCCGCACAGACAAGACCAACACUCUUAUUGAUCGCUCUCUUAUUUUAUCACUAUAGCCACCCCCACUCAGUGCUACUCGGGUUUUUUUCCGUGCGUGUGCCAAAUACUCAAGCGGGCAGCACGUGCAUAUCGCGACACCUCUAGGAUCACAAGGCCUGCCUUUUUAGAUUCUGUUUUACAUCCCUAACGCAUUACCUGUCUUGCUUGAUACAUUCACUUAUUGUUCUCAGAGCUUACUCAGACUACAGUGGAUCCGCAUCACCCAUUCUGCAGCAGGACGUCCGGUGCGCGACACGGAGAGCGCGCGCGCUGCAGGAGCACAGAUCUACAGGAACUUCCCCGUUUGGCUGUGAGUCAUUGCAAUGAGCGCGCGCGGUGAGGAAGCCGCCGAAGCCUCGGGAUCCCGCGAGCCGCCCGCUCCGGCCGCCGAGCCUCCGAAGAGAGGACCGGGCAGACCCAGGAAACCGCAGCAAGAACCCACGGGUGAACCUGUCCCCAAACGUCCAAGAGGACGUCCCAAGGGAAGCAAGAACAAGGGCCCUUCCAAAGCAGCACAGAAGAAAGCUGAGACCACAGGGGAGAAAAGACCCAGAGGAAGACCAAGGAAAUGGCCACAGCAAGUGGUCCAAGAAAAGCCUGCUCAGGAAGAGGAGGAGGCCGAGGGCUCGCCCGAGGAGGAUUAAACAACCACAUCAUUUUACCUCUACCUCAUCCAGCUGUCAGCUCUCUUCAAGGGAAAAGACUGCCUUGACCACUUAUCGUUGAGUUUCCACUUUUGUUUAUCAAGUUUGUUAAUCGUUUUCAUUUGUUGCAUUUAUUAGGUAAUUUUUUUUGUUUUGUUUUUUUGUUUCGGUUUGUUUGUUUGUCUGUUCUUGUUUGUUCAUUUUUGUUUUGGUCUUGUUUUCGUGAUCAGCACACAAAACCUCAUAGCAUGAACGCGGAGCAACAACACAACAUCAACAACAACAACAACAACAACAAAACACAACCGUAGUGCAGAUGAUAAUUCUGCUCACCUCCGCAUUCCAAACUGCUGUAGCACAGAGGUGCAGGGGUUAGCCACAUGGGAUGUGCUGCUGUUGCUCUUGCCACACACACACACAUACACACACACACACCCACACACAUUUACACACACACUGAUAUUUUAGGCAUUUAGCAAAAGAGAAAGAAAAACUUUCUGGUUUUGUCAUUUAAAAGGUUUGUGGUAGAGCGUCCAACAGACUCCAUCACAUGUGCACACACACACACACACACACACACACACACACACACAUGUAGAAAGCCCCUUACGUCUGUGUCACACCACCAAAGACAGAGGAGAAAUGAACCAUUCUGCUUUUAUAUAUAUAUAUUUACAUAGAAAUUGAUGAUAUCUAUCCUAUAGCAUAUAAAAUAAUAUAAAUAACAGAAAAUGAUUCAUGUGUAUAAAGGAGAUCAGGCUUGCAGAUUUGAGGAAUCAGCCUGAAAAUCAAAUGGCCUUUUAAAAAAAGUCUUUAGAAAGUUUAAUGAAUUAUAUGAGUUAUAUAUUUUUGUGAUACUACAGAAAUAGUAUGUGAUAAAUGUAUUUAAAGGCCAUGUUAUAGAAUGUAAAAAUGAUUUGUCAGAUAUUUUGUAAAAAACAAGGAAAUGAAAAAAAAAGGACUUUGCAAUACAGCGGUACCUCAGCAUACGAAUUUAAUCCGUUCCGUUGACGAGUUCUCGAGGCGAAAUUCCAUAUUGGGAAACCUUUUUUUUUUUUCUUCAUUCACUUGGCUUUCCACUGAAACAAACGAGUUUUAAACAGCUUCUGGAUGCACGCGCAACUGGAUGUACCGGCCGCCCGAGCCAAAUUUCUUGCAAACUCUUAGUAGAAAAUUCACAAUGCGUAUGCAGAAGUACCGCUGUAGUAACCCUUAUUAUUACUGCGCCUUAUAAUGAAAAUUCCAUGAAACAAAUUGUGAAUAUUUAACAUGUCCUGAGACUUGGAAUGCCCUGGGACUUGAACCUUAGGAGUAGUUUUUUGGUUUUUAAAGGCUUUCCUGAGUAACACACACUAACAUAGAGUCAUCAAGAAAUGUAAGUAAUAUGAGGCUUAGAACCUAGAACCUAAACGCUGAACUUGUAGAUGUAUGUGUUUACAUAUAGAACUGAAAACCUUCACCAAAAACCUAACAAAGCUUUACCAUAUUUGCCUUAAAACAAGUCUAGAUAUUGUUCAAUAUUUCUUUAAGAGUGGUGUCAUAAUUACAGAAAAAGCACCGCGUCACUCCAAGGUUUAUUUUAAUUCAGAGAGAUAAAAUUAUUAAUUUUUUUAUUUCCUUUUUUUUUUCCUAGCCUGUCUUUGGUGGUGAGUUUAAAAACUAGACAAAACAUACUCCUGCAAAGUUGUAAAUAAGACACAAGUCUUUAACAGAACUAUGGAACAAUCAUGCAGCAAUCUACUGUACAUACACAAUCCUGGCAUCUUCGUUACCAUUUUACAUGUAUAGAUUCGUUAUUGUGCGUCUUUCCGUUUUUGAUCUCUUUUGUAAAAACAUAGCUUUAAAGAAGACAUAAUAUUCGAUACUUUCACAUAAAGGGAAGUAUGUCAUCACAUCUGACUCAAAAACUGAACCUCAAGAAACAUAAUCGACAGGAACAGAAACCACACUUAUACCUCAAAACUCGAGAAACAUGAAGCACAUUGACCUCGGAAGGGUUCAGGGCUUCGAACAGUCGGCACUGUUGCCCAUGAAAUGUCUCCUCAUCAUUUCAAAGCUACCUCCGAUUUCUUCACCCAGCGAAUCAGCUGCUAUAAAAUACUCAUUACUCAGCAGGGGAUGGCAGUGAGUGCCAAUGUCAAAAAAAAAAAAACUUCUCUGAAUGCCUGUAAUAAUAAAAAAAAUGAUAAUAAAAAAAAUAAUAAUAACAAUCAUAAUCAUAGUAAUGAUGUGUGAUGGCACGGAGAAGCUCUGCAAAUUAUUUUGAGAGUCAGGCAGAUGAUGACUGAAAUCCGAGGUGUGAUUGGAUUCCAAGAUGAACUCCUCAAGCAGCUAAGGGAAUACGUACUGUUUUUUUUUGUCUUUCUUUCUUUCUUUUUUUUUUUUUUUUUAAAUUGCUUCCUUAUUAUUAUUUUUUUAACACUUUCAUUUAUCUGUUAUAUGUAAUAAGAAUCUUUUGUUUCUCUGCGACUGGGGCAUCUGUUUUACAUCAGUUAACUUGAAUAUGUUUUGUACUGAUUUACUCGAUUGUUUCUAUGAAUCAAAUGCUUGUAUGACUUUAAAUGAUAUUAUUGCAAAUGGAAUUUCUCUGCUCCUAUUAUUAUUAUUUUUUUUCCUUUCUACUCUUUCCUUAGAGUUUUAGUGUAGAUUUCUUCUGAUAUACAUACUAUUCAGAUAUGUACCUCAAAAAGAAAAAGAAAAAAAUAUGACUAAUAAUCAAUUGACAAAUACCUACCUCCGGUCUUGAUAAAAGAAACGAUUUUGCCUGGUCUGUUUCAGCACAGUUUUAAACAAUGUAUGCUGAAAAAAAAAAUGGACUGCACAAAAUCCAUGCUUUACAAACAUUCAAUUUGAAUCAGUUUUAAUCCGCCUGGGGGAGAAGAAAAAAAAACUUGAUCAUUUUUUCAGGUUAAAUAUAUAUAUAUGUUUUGGUUUUGUAUAUUGCAUACUAUGUUUUUGAAAGAUUAGUAGAUAUCGAGAUAUACUUGAUUAGCAUUUUUUUUUUUGGUGUCUUUUACACAAAUGUGAUUUUUCUGGUCUUGUUAAGUGGUUCAAGCAGGUUUAUAUGUAAUACUUCAUAUGUAGUGAAAUGUUACACCUUUUGCAGCCUAUCAUCAUGAAAACCUUUGAACCGUUAACUGGUGUUCUCAACUGGGUCUGAGGUAGCGCCUCAUGGAAAGCUAGUGGAGCAGCGGACACGCCUCUCGUAUUGACACAUUUAUAGUUGCAUGGAGUGGCUACCUUUAGCAUGGCAGCUGCAAACCAAUAUUAGAUCAUGCUCGAACACUGUAACGAUUUCAGCACUACAAAUUCAGCAGGAAAAAAAAAAAAAAAAAAUCUGUCUGAAAGAGUAGGUUACGUGUAUGGGUACAGUAUAGGCAUUAAAAUACGGCAGCUUAAAACUAAGGCUACAUUCACAUUUGACACAUUACGAAGCAACCGAAUGGCAGAAACAUAAAGUGCAUAAAGCAUCCGAAAUGAAAUGCAGGGGGUUGAACUUUUAUUAGAAAUUUUAGCUCACUGUGAAGACAUUCAUUUUUCUAGCAAUGCAACUUUUCUAUGUGAUUUAUGUGAAUGGAGCGUAAUUCAGAGUUGGUAGAUGUUGCUAUUUAUUACUGCAAAAACUGAACAGUGAAUAAAAUUGAGGGAGAUAAAAGCACAAUUCAUUAAGGGAUUAACAUUUAGUUGGGUAAGGCAGAUUUCUGCAUAGUUUUAAAAUGCAACUCCUACUUACAGUAACAUCCAUUGCUCUGUCAAACCCUAAAGCAGAGCACAUACUUCCUGCAACAGUGAUAUGCGUUUAGCUCAUAUGAGCAAAAUAAUAUAGUAUCGCCGGUCACGUUACUUGCAAUACGUAUAGAAAAAAAAAAAAAGAAUAUAAAUAAAUGAUGAUGAAAACAAGUUCACUAGAAACGUGUCUCUUUACUGGUGCUCUAGGUUAGGUAGAGAUUAUUUUCCUGUCCAUCAUCCGCACAUUGUUUAUGCUAACUUUAUGAUGCAAGGGUUUUUGACUGAAACAUCUCACUACUGUACCAUGUUUAAUGGGAACUGACAAGAAACAAAAGUUUCACAAGGUGCUACAAAAAGUUAAAACUAUGCACUGUUAAACCCAAAGAGUCAUGCAAAGGAUGAACGGAAUGUGAAAUAUAUAAAUUUAUUUCAAACAAACCCUGGGAAGUGGUGGAGAUUUUGCUGACACAUUCACAUACUGGAAGUAAACUCUGUCUGCAGUGAGGCAUCAUAUGGAAACCAGACUUACAUAUAGAUUCUGUUUUUUUGUUUGUUUUUUUAAAUCUGUAUUUAUAGAAAUACUGAAAACCCCUAAAACAAUGUUUUAUUUGGAGAUGCAGUGUAAUGUAUACAGUUUGCAUUUGGGCUUGUUUUAUUUUUUUGCUUACCCCUUACAACAUCUGUUCGCAAGAAGUAUGUUCACUCCUUUAGGGAAAAGAAACUCAUGAACAAAAAGGCCUGUUCACUGUGAUGCACAUGUCUGAUGAUGUGUAUUACUGAGAAAUAGCCACAAUGCUCUCGAGUCCUCUCUUGACUUGAUAUGUUAGUUUGAAUGUGUAUCCACAUGAGCCACUGUUAACGUGCUUUCCGCUGUGGGUGUCUUAAUGAAGUCGACUUUGAUAACAUGUUCUAGUACAAUCGAAUACACACUACUACCUCCAAGAGGGCCUCUUUUUUUUUUUUUUUUACCUCAUUAUUCAAACUGCUUAAAUUCAGUUAAAUUCAGGUGGCUGACUCCAGGGAGAACAUAUUAUAUAUAUAAAUAUAUAUAAUUCUAUAAAUAUAUAUUUUUGUUCAUAUAUCUAUUUUUAUGGGUGAUGCAUUUAUAAGUCUGUUCAUCUCUGCCUUUCAGUCACAGUUGGACUGGACAUUUACCUUGUUCAAAAGCAUUUUUCUUUUCAUUAUGCAAUGUUAUGUAGUUUCAUUAGCUAUGGGGAGAGAAGGUCGUCUGUUCUUGGCCUCCUCCGCCUAAUAUAUUACUUUAAAUGUUUUCUAACAUUUAUGGCUUUCUCUGUUUCACCUAGUAUUGCUGUCUAUAAUUCCACUUCAGAUUGCUUGUGUUAAAAAAAAAAAAAGUUUAAUAAAAUAAAAAAGUUCUCUUUAUAGAUAUUCACUGCCUUAUACAGCACAAUAAAAUGGGUGCUUGUGA